AUGAACCUUCCCACUUUCCCCAAGGUUUACAAUGUCUACUUUGUCGCAAUUAUUGCGACGGUAGGAGGCAUGCUAUUCGGUUUCGACAUUUCGUCCAUGUCCGCCAUUAUCGGAACCCAACAGUACAUCGACUUCUUUGGCAAUCCCCACGGUGUUAUCCAGGGCGCCAUCAACUCCGCGCUUGCUGCAGGAUCAGUGGUUGGCUCUCUUAUGGCCGGUCCAAUCUCCGAUAAGAUCGGCCGCAGAGACUCAAUCAUGUUCGCCUGUUUUUGGUGGCUGAUCGGAACUGCUAUUCAGGCUGGUGUUUCAGGAUUCGGCACAUUGAUGGCUGGCCGUGUCCUCAACGGCGUUUGCGUUGGUAUCACGUCUUCCCAGGUUCCUGUUUACCUGGCCGAGAUUAGCAAGAAGGAGAAGCGCGGCUCGAUUAUCGUCAUUCAGCAGCUGGCCAUCGAGUGGGGUAUUUUCAUCAUGUUCUUCGUCGGCUACGGAUGCUCGUUCAUUGAAGGCCCGGCUGCUUUCCGUCUUGCAUGGGGCCUGCAGUUCGUGCCGUGUGUUAUCCUAAUGAUAGGUCUGCCAUUUCUGCCUCGAUCCCCUCGUUGGCUCGCCAAGGUGGACCGCACCGAGGAGGCGAUCACAACCCUGGCCCGGAUCCAAGCCAAGGGCGAUGUCAACGACCCUCUUGUCGUGGCCGAGUGGGAGGAAAUCACCACGGUCCUGGCGGCAGAGCGCUCGGCGGCCCCAGGCUGGCGCAAAUUCUUCUACAACGGCAUGUGGCGUCGCACCAUGGCUGGGUUCACUGUUCAGGCAUGGCAGCAGCUCAGCGGUGCGAACGUGAUGACCUACUAUGUGGUUUAUGUCUUCCAAAUGGCCAACCUCACAGGAAAUAUCCUCCUCAUCUCGUCCGGAAUCCAAUACGCCCUGUUCAUCAUCUUCACCUCCAUCAUCUUCUUCUACAUUGACAAGACCAGCCGUCGGAAUCUCCUCAUGUACGGUGCCAUAGGCAUGGCCGUCUGCCACUUCGUCGUGGGCGGCGUCCUCUCCUCUGGCGAAAACGUGCCCGGCGGCGUGGACGGUAACCUGAAUGUGCUCAUUCGGGUGCGCGGCUCUAAGGCCCACACCGUGAUCGCCUUCUCUUAUCUCCUGAUCAUCGUGUACGCCCUCACCCUUGCUCCGGUUGCUUGGGUUUACGCUGCAGAGGUGUGGUCGCUCGAAACGCGAGCCUCAGGCAUGUCCAUCGCCGCCACCGGAAACUGGCUCUUCAACUUUGCUCUCGGUCUCUUCGUGCCCCCCGGCUUUGCGUCCAUCAAGUGGAAACUGUUCAUCGUCUUCGGUGUGCUAUGUGUCGGAGCCGCCUUGCAAGUCUACUUCACAUACCCGGAAACCUGCAACAAGACCCUCGAAGAAGUGGAAGAAAUGUUCAGCAAGGGCGGUCCGAAGCCGUGGCAUACUAAGCCCGGAGAGUCCAAACUGGACGGCUUGAUCGAGGAGGCUCGUGAGAAGAACCUGCGUGCUAAGGAUGUGGGAUUGAAGACGGAGCUUCAGACUAUCGAGACUGUUGAGAAGGGGCAGUAG